CGGGGAAGUCCACGUUUGAAAAAUAAACCAAUAGAGACAAUCCUUAUUUACUUCCACCUCCUUCCUCCCCAUUGGACACAGAAGAGGGACACAAGUUGUUGACCUUGAGAUCCAGAGUCAUUCUUCAGACCCAGAAAAACGUCAGGAAGCUCAAAUCUUUUUUGGGUUUCCGAAUUCCAAAACUCUUGUAAGUUUUUUUGGUUUCCCUUUUCUCAGAUCUGAUUUGUUCUAUGUUAUAAUGGAUAGUAACUAUUCAGCUAUUCGCAAAACCUCGUAUUUAGAAUUGCAAUCGCAAAAUGAUACUGAAAGCCCGAGACUUGGUCCUAAAUCCGGUGGGAAUUUCCACGCUUAUGAGGAUGAAAGGUUCAAUAUAGACGAUGGUGAUGAUUUUGAUGAUAGUCUUAAUUUUCAUGAUGGGAAUUAUCCGCUUGUUGUUGAUGGGUCUAAGCAUGAUGGUGGGUCUGGAAUCUCCGGGGCGGUGUUUAAUCUCACCACUACCAUUAUUGGGGCUGGGAUUAUGGCUCUGCCUGCCACCAUGAAGGUUCUUGGUGUGGUUUGGGGGUUUAUUUUGAUUAUCUUGAUGGGUAUUUUGUCUGAAGUUAGUGUCGAAUUGUUGGUGAGAUUUUCGGUUUUGUCAAAGGCUACAUCCUAUGGGGAGGUUGUUCAGUAUGCCUUGGGAAGACCCGCGAGGAUAAUAUCGGAGAUUUGCAUAAUCAUCAACAAUGCAGGCGUGUUGGUGGUGUAUUUGAUAAUUAUGGGGGAUGUUAUGUCUGGCUCACUUCAUCAUAUGGGGGUUUUCGAUCAAUGGCUGGGGCAUGGGGUUUGGGAUCAUAGAAGGCUACUGAUUUUGUUUAUGUUGGUGGUUUUCUUAGCACCCCUUUGUGCCUUGGAUAAGAUUGAUUCAUUGAGCGUCACUUCGGCUGCUUCUGUAGCUCUUGCAAUUGUGUUUGUUGUGGUUGCUUGUGCUAUAGCUUCUAUUAAGCUUGCUGAAGGGAAAACAGACUCUCCUAGGAUGUCACCAGAUUUUGGGUCGAAGAAGGCAAUAUUAGAUUUGCUUGUGGUGAUUCCUAUCAUGACCAAUGCUUAUGUCUGCCAUUUUAAUGUUCAACCUAUAUAUAACGAGCUUGAAGGACGGUCUCCUCAGAAGAUGAACCGGGUUGGAAGGAUCACGACUGUUCUUUGCAUUGUGGUCUAUUCUUUGACAGCCAUAUCUGGCUAUCUACUCUUUGGAAAGGAUACAGAGUCUGAUGUGCUGACUAACUUUGAUAAGGACCUUGGGAUCCGUUACAGCACAGCGCUGAAUUAUAUCGUCAGAGUUGGUUACAUUUUUCAUUUGCUUCUUGUAUUCCCUGUUGUACAUUUCUCGUUGAGACAAACCGUGGAUGCCUUGGUGUUUGAGAGAUCAGCUCCACUGCCAGAGAGUAGAAAGAGGUGUCUUAUAUUGACGCUGGUCUUGCUGGCACUUAUUUAUUUAGGAUCUACCAUGAUUCCCAAUAUUUGGACAGCUUUUAAAUUUACAGGGGCAACAACAGCUGUCUCAUUGGGAUUUAUAUUCCCUUCUCUUAUUGCAAUUAAGCUAUCUCGGAAAGGGGAGGGUUUGAGCUUUGCAGAGAAGCUCGUGUCAUGGUUCAUGUUGCUAAUGGCAAUAGCAGUCAGCGUCGUUGGAGUAGUUGGGAAUAUAUAUAGCCUCAAUAGCAAAUCUGAAUGAUCCUUGUUGUAGACUGUGCUAGACGUUUGAGGUUUGCUUCUGCUUAUGAACAAAUUUGGUGGUUAUACACAGAUUGUCACAGGGAGACUACUCUUAUUUAUAUGGCUUUGCUACCUAGCUGAUUUGUAACAGUCAAAUGCAAGUCAUUGUGAGUAGACCCCUUGAUCAGGAAGUUAUAAGGCAGGAAGGUAAGUCUGGAAAGGUUGGAAGGGUGCGUUCUUGUUCUGGUUUCAUUGCUAUUUUAUACUGUUGACGAACUCAGAUAAGUAGGUUAAUUCAGUGCUCAAGGACUUUUUUUGAGAGGAAACUACACAAAUUAGUCAUUCCUACCACUUGUACGAUAUAUUCAAUUCAUUUCAAAAGUAUUCACAAAAUUGUUUCUUGGUCUUUAGUUCCUUCUUACUCUUCCUUUUUCUUCUCCCCCAUGAUAUUUCCCACAUGAGAUGUAACUGUAUGAUCAGCAACAUGCUGCUUUGUAAGUGAUACUUUGUUUUCACAGUAGUUUAUGAUCUUCUCUUUUUGGAUGAUACUAUGUUUAAAAUUUUGGUUCAAUGAAGUUAUCAAUAUCCCUUUUA